CUUUGAGAGAAGGGGCGGAGAUUAAAGGCCUCUCUUUACCCUGUCCCUGCGCCAUUUCGUAAAGGAGAAACGCAUGGCGUCAAUUUGAUGCGUAGUCAGUACUUGUGCCAGCAACCGAAUUUGUAGAUCCUUCCGAAAUAUUCAUUUUAAACUUUAAGGUUUUGUGUAAUUCGUUGGGCCAAGCGCUGCUUUCUGAGAAGGUGCUGCUGGGAGUUGUAGUUUUGGCUGAGAGCACCCCUCCCAAGACCCCUGCCAGCAUACACUGGUCCCAUCCUCAGUGACAAAGAACUUACAGGCAGGACAGACGACCUCCCUCCACACAGGCUCCAUGGAUCGCUCACCUUCCCUGGCAAGCCUGAUGGCCAGCAACGUGACCAACAAGACGGACCCACGUUCGCUCAACUCGCGGGUCUUCAUCGGCAACCUCAACACCAUGCUGGUGACCAAGGCCGAUGUGGAGGCCAUCUUCGCCAAGUACGGCAAGAUCGUGGGUUGCUCUGUGCACAAGGGCUACGCCUUCGUGCAGUUCGCCAACGAGAGGAACGCCAGGGCAGCCGUAGCCAGCGAAGACGGUCGUAUGGUCGUGGGGCAGGUUCUGGAUAUUAAUUUAGCUGCAGAGCCCAAACCACACAGGGCAAAGACUACAAAGCGCUCAGCAGGAGACAUGUACAGUAGUUCAACAUUUGACCUGGACUAUGACUUCCAGAGAGAUUACUAUGACAGCAUUUCGUCUCCACAACAUGAAGAUAUAACAGGGGUGUACUCGUACCCAUCACGUGUGCCUCCCCCGCCACCCCCCCUCCCACGUGCAGUCAUCCCCUCCAAGCGGCCCCGUGUCAGCAUCAGCAGUGGUGGCAGCCGCCGCACCAAGUCCAGCUUCUCCUCGUCCAAAAGCAGCCAGAGGACAUCCUCACGCACCAUGAAGGCAGACGAUCUGCAGACCAUUAAAAAAGAGCUGACGCAGAUAAAAAAUAAGGUGGACUAUCUGCUGGAAAGUCUGGACCGUAUGGAGAAGGAUCACAGCAAGAAGUCCGAGGGUAAGAGCGUUAAGACAGAAGCUGGAGAGGCAUCGUCCCUACAGCACACCAGCAGCAAGAAGGAGCGGGAGCCUCAGGAGCUCAAUGACUCCGAGGAGGAGGGAGACCUGCUGGAGGAGGAGGAGGAAGAGGAGGAGGUGAAGAGCCAAGGAAGAGAGAAUGAGGAGGAAGAAGAGGAAGGCGAGGAGGGGGAGCAGGAGGAAGGCGAAGAUGACGGAGACAGUGUCAACGGAGACGACUCCUAAAGCUCAAGAAGAAACACACACACACACACACACAGGAUUCAUAGACAAACUUGCAUUGAAGUGGAGUUUCUCCCCUUUGUUUUAUCAUUUAACACUAAUGUAGUGCACAUGCAUGUUCUGACACACGCACGCACACACUUCUCAAGGUGACUUGAAGUCCUUGGAAUGAAUUUCUUCUGUCUCUCUCCUGUCAUUCCAUUUGCUUUUAUGACUCACCUUCUCUCUCCACUGUCUUUUACAAGACUACCAGUAGGAUGCACUCUUUCUCUCUGUCUGUGUGUCUGUCUGUGUCUGUGUAUAAAUGUUAGAAAGGACGUGUGUGCGCAUGUGGUGUUCUGUUUUAUGACCAGCAGAGUGAAGCAGAAGGGUUGUGUGCUAGGGAAACCUCAAAGCUCCAGGUUCGAGUCUUGUUUGUAGACAUAUAUUUUAAUGGUGUAAAAUGAAAACCUCUCCCUUGUUAAUGUCUUGAAUGAAAUGAAAUGCUAUCUUUUCUGUUUUAUUUUGAUGUUUGUGUUCUCAGAAAAUGGUGCAUAAGUUUGUCUUCAUAACAUUGUGUCUUUUUAUAUAUUACCUGGUUUCACUUGUACUGUAAAGAAAUAUUUCAAUAAAAUGUCUAAAAUUAAAACUC